AUGACAGCCGACAUGAACAUCAAGGAACUUUUGGUCAUAGGAGAUUUUGAUCUAUUGAUACACCAAGUCCAAGGGGAAUUAUCCCCCAAGAAUGUCAAGAUGCUCCCAUGCCUGCACUGCGUGAAAGAUCUAUGCAAGAAGUUCACGAAGAUUGAGUUCAAGCACGUCCCCAGGAUUCAGAACGAGUUCGCCGACGCCCUUGCAACCCUAUCAUCUAUGAUUCAGAAUACAUACAAGAACUACAUCGACCCUAUUGAGGUAGAAAUCAAGGAUCAACAUGCCUAUUGCUUCCAUGUAGAUGAAGAACCAGAUGGUAAACCAUGGUAUCACAAUAUUAAGAAAUUCCUUGCAACUAGAGAAUACCCGGAGAAUGCUACUAAUGGUCAAAAGAGAGCCCUCAAGAGGCUGGAUAACCACCUUUUCCUCAAUGGGGAAAUCCUAUACAGGAGGACCCCAGAUCUAGGUUUGUUGAUAUGUGUAGACCCUGCCGAGGCAACCAGGUUAUUAGAGGAAAUACAUGCAGGAAUAUGCGGACCCUACAUGAACGGGUUCACAUUAGCCAAGAAGAUCUUGAGACUGGAUAUUUUGGUUGACUAUGGAAAAUGA